AAGAACACAGCUGAUGGAGUGAAGCCCGAGGCCUCGUUCUUCCGGUGCCGGCUCUUAGACUGAAAGGACAACCUGAGUGUUGUCGCCUGUCACUGACAGUCGGUGCAGCACUGACAGUGGACCAGUAUCUGUGAACGUGAGGCUCUGUUCACACGCACUCUACGGUGUGAAAAAAAGCAUCAUGGAGCUGGAGGUGACGUUUCUCCUCCCCGCCAUCCUCUUCACUGUCUUCGCUCUUUAUUUCGCAGCUUCCCUGCUGCGACCAAAGAGCGGAGCCUCAUCCGCAGCCAGAAAGAGAGAGUCGUCUGGCGGCGACACAGACAACGAGGAGCCGCAACUUCUUCUCAGUUCUGCGGCUCCCGCUGAGGCGGUGAGCCGCGGCGGAGCGACUGGAGACAUCCAGCAGACUUCCUUCAAAUCAGAAUCCGCUCCAGAACCCGAGGUUCUUUCAGAAAAAGCCGAGCCUUUCUCACAAUCCACUGAGAACACAGAACCCGUUCCACAACAGCUGCAAGCACCAGAACCAGAAGGAGAACCUGCUGGCACCGUUGAACAUGUCCAAGAACCAGCUCCUGAAUCUGUGUCCUGUUCUGAACCUCUUACAGAACCUGCGUCAGGGCCUGAACCUGUUCUAGAGCCUCAAUCUGUUCCAGAACCUAUAGCUGAGUCUGAACCUGUUCCAGAACUGUUGUCAGCAGCCGACUCUGUCCCAGAACAUGUGUCUGUGCCUGAACCAGAAAUUGUUUCUUUACCCGAGCCCGUUUCAGAACCUCUAUCUGUUCCUGACCCUGUUCCAGAAUCUGUAUCAGUGCCAGAACCUGUUCCAGAAUCUGUAUCAAUGCCGGAACCACUUGCAGAACCAUCAGUGCCUGAACCUGUUCCGGAACUUGUUUCUUGUUCUGAGCUUGUUCCAGAACCUUUAUCUGUUCCUGAUCCUGUUCCAGAAUCUGUAUCAGUUUCUGAACCUGUUCCAGAACCUGUGUCAGUUCCUGAACCUGUUCUAGAAUCGGUGUCAGUUCCUGAACCUGUGCCAGAACCUGUAUCAUGUUUCGAACCCUUGCCAGAAUCUGUAUCAGUGCCAGAACCACUUGCAGAACCAUCAGUGCCUGAACCUGUUCCGGAACUUGUUUCUUGUUCUGAGCUUGCUCCAGAACCUCUGUCUGUGCCUAAAAGUAUUUUAGAUCCAGUGUCCGUGCCUGAACCUGUUCCAGAACCUGUAUCAUGUUCUGAACCCUUGCCAGAACCAGUGUCCGUGCCUGAACCUGUUCCAGAACCUGUAUCAUGUUCUGAACCCUUGCCAGAACCAGUGUCCGUGCCUGAACCUGUUCCAGAACCUGUAUCAUGUUCUGAACCCUUGCCAGAACCAGUGUCCGUGCCUGAACCUGUUCCAGAACCUGUGUCGGUCCCUGGUCCAGCACUAGAAACUGUUCCACAGACAGAAGAAGAACCUGGAUCUGUCACGGAGGAGGCUCCAGCAUUGGUUAAAAAAACAGAACCUGAAGCAGAAGCAGAACUGGUACCAGAUCAUGUUGUCAUCCCAGAACCAGAGCCCGUGGUUACACUGAUUCCUGAAGAUGUUCUGCAGCCUGUGACCCAGUGUGCUCCUGGUUCCGGCACCGAUUCUAGCUCCAGUAAACCUGAAUCAGAACCUGUCCUCCAGCAGGCUGACGAGUGAAUCUUCACUCGGCUUCAGAAGAAAAAUCCAGAAUAAAAUCAUUAAAAAUCAUACCGAC